CGCGCCCUCUAUGCUAUCUUCGACCGGCGGCGGGGCAUUUAGUCAAAAAACACCACGAACGAAACAAAUGCAUCUGUAAGCUUUCAAGUUUGUAGCCAGGCUUGGUUUUAUUUACGGUUUUUGGGCCACCAGGCAAAGCUGCCAAACAAGUUACAAUGUUAGAAAGACAAGAGCGUCAAUAAAGAAGAGUUAAUUGAGAAAGGAGGCUUAUGAUGCUUGAACACAAUGAGCAAGCUGAUUCGGCAACAGAGCUCUCACCUCCACCUUCCACCAGCCUCAAACAGGAUGUCAGUAACGAGAACCAAAGAAAACAUUUUAGAGAAAAGAAUGCAAAUCAGACCCCUUUAAGGAACCGUUACAGUAUUGCAGGGCGGACUCCGUUGUCACCUGGAUAUGGGGCUGUCGUGUCUGCACUUAGUAAGCUCAAUCGUUUGGAUGAUUUUGUCUUAGAACCACUGGCUAAAGGAUUUUUUUCUGAUGUAUCUAAGGUUUGGCAUCGUACAAGCGGGGAAGUAAUGGUGCUUAAGAUGAACAAACAGUAUGAUAAUAGAGCAAAUGUUAUACAUGAAGUAGAGUUGCUCAACAGGUUAGAGCAUAAAAAUAUCGUCAGGUUUAUGGGAGUUUGUGUACAUAAUGGGCAGUUACAUGCAUUAACCGAGUAUGUUAAUGGAGGUGAUCUUCAGCAUCUGCUAUUGGAUGAGAAUGUUAGCAUAACGUGGGACGUGCGCAUCAGUCUGUCCAGAGAUGUUGCUAAUGGAAUGAAUUAUGUUCAUGCAGCUGGUUAUAUCCACAGAGACCUAACAGCAAUGAAUGUGUUGGUGCGUAAAGAAGGGCGUAGAUGGCAAGGAGUCGUUGCAGAUUUUGGUUUGGCAACAACGAUACCAAGAAAUAAUGAAGUACGCUCAAUGGCUGGAUCUCCAUACUGGAUGGCCCCAGAGUGUUUGCGCUAUGAGUUCUACAAUGAAAAGGCUGAUGUAUUCUCAUUUGGUAUUAUCUUGUGCCAAACCAUUGCCAGGAUACAAGCACAUCCAAACUGGUUGCCAAGGCUUGGGAAUUUUGCUCUGGAUGAGGUUGGGUUCAAACGCCUAUCUUCAGAUUGUCCUGAUUCCUUUCUUCAGUUGGCAUUUACAUGUUGUCAGAUGGAACAUGAAAAGCGACCAAGUUUUGAACAGAUCUCAGGUAUGAUACAUAAGGUGUUAGAGAAAAUGAGAGAAGAUAGAGCCAAUCAGAAUUUAGAAAGAUUUAGAAAUCAAAAUGAACUGAGUGGUAAGCAACGCUCUCAUACAUCUAUCAGCCAUUUGGAUGUACCACCUGGACAAGUUAAUCCUAAAAACUUUCCAUUGGCAAGGAGUAAUUCUGCAAGAUUGAGUAAGCAUGCAGAGCGCCCUCAAGUGUUAACCAAAAACAGUAGCAAUCCAUUUGACACACCUCAAUUGAAAGGCGGUCAUACAAAGAUAGUAUCCAGUCCUUGCGGUUUUGAGCUGGAUAUACCACCAAAAUUAAGUGCAAUGUUCAAACAACUUGAUCUGGACGAACAGUAUUUUGAAUUCAAAAUGAAGAAUCGUAGGAAGUCUUUAUCAUUACCGACGUCUCCCAUUUUAAGAAAGAAGUCCACAGACGAGGACAUAUUUGAUGAUUGUGAAGGUCCAAAGGAGGUGAAAGCUUUAUUUGAAAGUGAAAAUGUUGAACUAACGCACCGACUGUUAUCCUGGCAAGAGAGGAAACACUCGGUGAAGCAUGACGGUAGCGGAGAUUGGGAGAUCCACACGGCCUGUUCACCCACCGUAACACUGGUUAACUCCGUGAACAGACAUGACUCUGGUGUCUGCUCAUUGUUUGAUGAGGAGGCUACACCAUCAAAUAGUUCACAUGGUAGUGUGGAUGAUGCUUUCAUUGGUGCUACUUCAAAGAGGAAUUCAACGGGAGAAUGAUUAAUAGUAUCCGUCUUUAUACCGUAACAAAAAUAAUUCCUGAUAAAACUAAUCAAUAUAUGUUCUCCCUGUAAUUUAAUAUUCGGGUUACAAUAGUGUGAAGCACAGUGGGGAACUAUUUGAUCUUGUCCAUAGAAAGAAGUCUUAUAUUUUGAUAUCAAAUAGGUCUUUUAAUUAAUAAUGUUUCAAUUUGUCUCUCUCUCUCUCUCUCUUAUUGGUUACUUACAAAGUUGUUUAAGAUGGUGCACGCAUGUAUGCAAUUGAAGCCGGUGAAUAUAUUUGGUUUCCACAUAAAUAACUGAUUACCGGUUUAGAUUACAAUUCUUUAUUACACUUUUAUUAAUUACUUAAGUACAAAUUAAAAUAUUUUCAUGCUUAACAUAUUGUUUGAAGAAUGGUUAAGGCAAUUUAUUAAUAUUAAUAUUAACAAAAGUACAAUAAUCAAUACAUAAUUGUAGGAUUUAAAGAAUCUGGCUCACAUCUGUUUAUUUGUCUAGUUCAAAGUUCAAGUUUCCAUAUGCCAAGUAAUAUAUGAUGAUUAGAUGAUUAAUCGCUGAUCAGUAUGCGGUAGCCUGGACCACAAUACUAUUUGAUAUCAAUUUCUUAGUAUUUAAUGGCAAACUCAGUCAUAAUGACAAUGCAUUAAAAUAUUGAUUAUUAUUGAUUACAGUAUUAAGAUGAUGAUAAUUUAUUCAAUACUGUGAGGUACAUAUAUUCACAUUGAGUGCACAUAUCAGAAGCAUUAAACUGAUUAGAGUGUUAAUAAAUUAAUAUAAUUAUUUUGGAAAUGCUGACCGAAUCAGCACUAGACGAUGCAUCAUCAUCUUCUGAUUGUACUUGGCAGUCUGAACAAAUUGUCAUUAAAAAAAUAAUCCGUUGUGCGUCAUUGCCUUUUACAUACAAUUCUGUCGGCCGCCAACUAUUGGGCAUGCCCAGCUUAAGACCUAACAAGAGUUCCCCUGAACAAUAUAUAUCACUGUUCAUGCAUUUUGUUUGUUUCCCCUGUGGAUAAGAUAUAGAGAAUUAUACAGUACACUUAUUUGUUGGUCAGUACAGGUAUGUAAAAUUGUAAAAUAAGAUGCAUUUUUAAGAAAGUAAAUACUCCUAUUUUUGCUACAAUGUAUUAAGUAUAGUUCCUACGAUAAGAAUACCAAAGAGUGUACACUUGGUAGGAGGCUCAGGAGGAUUCAGUAACUGUCCCUCAUGGAGACAGAAUUCUCUAGAUGGGAAGUGAAGCUCAUGGUUUAUAUUUGACACUCUUUGCUUUAAUCCAAUUAAUAUUCUUUAGUAUGGUAUAUAGCAAUUGGAAGAUCAACAGUAAUUUAAUAUGUUAAGAGAAAUUGAAAAAAAUUGUUUUGAAAUAAGCGAGGUAAGUUUAUGAUUAGUCGUAUUUGAUAUGAUGAUGUCUAAGAAAAGGCAGACAAUCAAUGGGUCUUUAAAACAUAAAAAGGGACACUUACAAAAUACUUUGAGCCAGCUAACGAAGAUAAUAAUGGUGAUUUCCAUUCAUAUGUGAAGUUAAAUACAUAUAUAAACAAAGUUCUUUAACUAAUAGUGCUUUUGUUGUGCAUAAAUUAAAGUUUAUAUGAUUGAA